AUGGCUGUCGAGGGCACCACUCCCGUGUCGCCCAUUCCCAUCCCGGAGCUGACCAAGAUCACCAACGAGGCCUGCGAUGUCGCCCUGAAGGACGUCACGGAAUACGAACACACGCAAGUGAGCUCGUGGAACUCCGCGAUUAUCAAUACCGUCCUGAAAGCCCUCAUCACCGCAACCGCCCCCGAAGAUACCGCCAAGCCAGCACCCUACCGCUUCACCGUGAACAGCACGAUCGUGCAGCAGGGCAUGAUCGACAAGAGCGCCGCGGCACAGGGUGCGCAGAGCAACGCCGGAAAGCGCGGGAUGCACUCCGCCUCCGGGGCGUUUUGGGACGUUAACCGUGAUGGCAUGUGGACGUUCAAGUACCCCGGUGGUGAGGAGAGGGGGGUUGGACGUUGUUGUUAG